AUGGGGAACCACCCGGGCGGCGUCGCGGGAGCUAUGGCUCUUGCCGGUUCACAGGCUCUUCUGUUGGAACAGACAGGAAGGGGAGGCAGCUAUCAAUGGCCCGGAUCUGGCGCGGCGUCUGGCAGCGGACGAGGAGCCGCAGGACACGACGCCAGUCUGCUUCUGGCUGUCGAUCGGGGUCGAUUCCUCCGUCUCCUUAAGGAAUUCGAGCUCGAGCCGCGGCUGCUGCGCGCGCUGGAGAUAGCGAAGGCGAAGGAAAAGGAGAGCGCGCGAAGCGCCCAGGCAGCCGACAGGCCGCGCGCCCGCAUGGUUGUCCUUCCUGCACACGUGGAGAGGCACGCGGCGCCAUGCGCGCAGUGUGAGAGGCGCAUGGCUGAGAUCUCCCUGUUCAAGCAGGAUGUUGUGCUGUUUCAGCGUGAGACUGCUCUGCUGGAAGGCCUCCUCCCGCUGGAGGCUUCGCCUCGGGUUCGAACCCUGUACAGCAACUUCCAAUUCUUUACCGCCAGAGAAAACCUUCAACAGCGCGCUCAGGUGGAUGGCCUCUCCGAAGCGGAAGUCUCCUCGCCAUAUCCACGGCGCGAGCCUAGAAGAUACACGCCAACGUGCCGCUCUUGCUCGGCAUCUGAGGCAGAAUGCGUCCUCGCGCAUGCCGAGGCGAGUCGCGCAUGCUACAAGCUGGAGGGCCUCUGCACAUUUAUCGGCGUGCACAGAGAACUUUUGGAAAGGAUCCUGCAUGAGACGCAGCGGAAGGGUGCGGAGCUGACUGAGCCAGCCAGCGGCUCCGCUGCAGCGAAAUCUCGGCUGCGCGCAGCGGCCACGACUGACGGCGCGCAUGCGUCUGAAACACCCCGCGAUCACACAUGGAACCCGGCGUCGCCGUCGGCCCCGCGAGUGGCUCCGGUCUCCUUGGGCUCGUGUCGGCUCCGUGAGAACGGGGCGUACGACGGAGUUUUCGCAGCAUCAAACUGCUUUCUGCACCCGCCGGCGGCUGUUCGAGUUUCGUCGUGGUCGCCCUGCCCGUCUCCGCAUGCGUUGCCUUUCGACGAGAAGCCGACGGCGCGGGACGCCUCGCUGUCGUUCCACAGAGGACUGCGAUCCUUGUUGACGACGGCCUCAGCUGUGUACCAAGGCGCGAGUGCCUCGACACCCGUUUCUGAGGCUUCCUCGUAUGCGUCUCUGUCGCCUUCGAGUUUCACUCCAGCCGUUCAGACGCCAAGUCAAGAGGUUGCGAACGGCCCGCGGGGGCUGUCGCCAGCGCUCCCCCCUGCGUCUCCUCUCAGGCGAUGUCCAUCGCUCGCCGAGUUCUCUCCACAGCCAGCAGCAGCCUCGCAGCGCCCAGCCGACGCCGGGCUCACGGGCCCGCGGCCCUCCGCCGCGCGGCUCUCCGCUGCGGGCUAG